AUGCGCACCACCCUCGAUACUUACACGCAACAAAACACUAUACCCCUCCUUUUCAUGGCCACGAAUCGCAACGCUUGCCAGCCGGGCGAUUUGGUCUCUGUCGACGCCAGUCCAAGGUCCGGUCUGAGGAGCGGCGUCGGCCCAAGCCCCCCCCACAUCGCUUCGUUCCCUGCAGUAGGCAAUGGCCAAAAUAGAUAUCUUGCUGCCGGCUUUUUGCGACCAGCCGAAAUCCUACCGGCUAUUCCUCUCAUGCUCGCCAUGCGCAAUCUCCCCUCUCGUGUUCUUCACUCCCAACAGAGUCUGGCCAUUCCAGACCCAUCCUACGCCUUCAUCGUGUCAACAGUGGGCGUUUCGUUGCGAUAG